GGUGUCGGUGGGGUAAAAAUUGUGAUGUAUAUGUACAUAUUUUUCUUUUACAGAAGGUGUCGGCGUGAGGAAGACAACACUUUUGUUUCUUAUGGUUGUGCCGGAAACAAGUUUGUUUUAUUAUAUGCUUUACUUUCGUUCAUGGACUACAAGAGUUAGAUGUGCUUCAACAUUCAUGGACAUUGCAUUUCAUGGGCUUUAAACAAAAGUUGAAAAGGGCUUAACUUUGUGUAAUAAGAGCCCAGAAAAAAAAUUAAUGGACACGGUGCAGUAGCUCAUGAGGUAGAGAUGUGACAAUAAAAAUAUCGUGCAGUAGCUCAUGCAGUGAGAUUAUAUAUAUAUAUAUAUGUAUGUAUAUAAAUAGGAGCAGUGUCAGUAUCGAUAAACCAAUAAGAUAAGAAGAUGGAUAAGAAUGUGAAGGUGUGUGUGAGUGGAGGUGCAGGCUACUUAGCUUCUUUUCUUGUGAAGCAACUUUUGGAGAGGGGUUAUACUGUUCAUGCCACUCUCAGAACUCUUGGUGAUGCCUCAAAGGUGGGGCUUCUACAGGGUCUUCAACUUCAUCAUCAGGCAGGCAGCAGAUUGAAGUUGUUUGAGGCUGAUAUAUACCGUGCCCAUGAGUUUGGAGCUGCGAUUGAGGGUUGUGAAUUUGUGGUCCAUAUGGCAACACCCUUGCAACACUAUGCACACAACUCUCAGUACAAGAAUACUAGUGAGGCGGCUAUGGGUGGGGUUAAGAUCAUAAUGGAGAGCUGCAUGAGAUCAAAUACAGUGAAGAAACUGAUUUACACUGCUUCUGUGGUGGCAGCUUCCCCCUUACAAGAAGAUGGUUCUGGCUAUAAGGAUUUCAUGGAUGAAACUUGUUGGACCCCUCUCAAUCUCUCCUAUGAGAUUAUCUCCGAUUAUGUAAAUUCAAAGACGGUGGCUGAGAAAGAAGUGUUGAGUUACAAUGGGAAGGGCAUAGAAGUGGUGAGCCUUGCUUGUGGGCUUGUGGGAGGUGACACAAUUCAAUCCUCCAUGGCUGAGAGCAUGGGAGUCCUUAUAUCACAAGCCACAAAUGAUGGAUCGAGGUACAAAGUUCUGAGGGUUUUGGAGGAUUUGCUAGCAAAAGUGCCCAUUGCACACAUCCAAGAUGUGACUGAAGCACACAUCUUCUCCAUGGAGAAUUCACACAUCAAUGGGAGGUUUCUCUGUGCCAGUGCAUUCCUGAAAUCAGUAGACAUUGCUUCACUGAUCCAGAAAUGCCCCCAAAAUAUAAGCAUCCCCAAUGAGUUCAUUGAAGAUACGAGGAGAGAAACUAGCUGGGGUUCAAGAAAGCUGGAGGAUUUGGGAUUCCAGUUCAAAUGUGAUGCUGAAAAGAUAAUAGAAGAUAGCCUCCUCUGCGCCAAGAGGUUGGGUAACAUCAUCUGAGUGUAUACACGUUAAUUCCUGUCAUGAUCAAUUGAGCAAGUGGAUUACUUGAGUAGGGGUGCAGGCGAAUCAAGUCAGGUGAUUCAGUUAGUUAUUGUUCGAAUCUCGCGGUUGUUAUGUUUAAAGAAUCAAACUCGAACGAGCUUUUAAUGGAUGACUUUGCGAAUGUCAUAAACUAUAUAAACUAUAUUACUGUUAUGAGGAAACGUGAAUUCUCGGGCAA